AUGCCUCUCGUUUCUGUAUCGUUGAAUGAUACAGCUCCUGAGCAAAAUACCUCACAACACAAUACAAAUACGCAACCCCAACAAGGUCAAGGUGUAGAACAAGUUGUUGAGGAUCAUCCACACUACGCUGAAAGACACCAAGACACAACUGGAUCGAAUCUAUCUUCGAUCAAAACAAACACUGAAAACGAGGAUGAGAGUUCAGAGCUAAAGCCAUUCGAAGGUCAUGAUAUAGAGAAGGGAAACCAGAAUGAAGCUGAACCAGUGUCAGAUUACUACUAUCCAAGAGAUGGUGAUGAGUUAUCCAGACUAGAAACGAAUGCACAAUUAUCUCGAGAACUUUCAAGAAGAGUCACAAAUACCACUUCUCUACUACAACAGGAAUAUGACCGUGAUGUUGCACUCUCAAUGGGAGAAAAUAUCCCUUUCCCGCCAAUGUUGCCAGAUAGAACACCAUACUGUGUCGCAUUUGAUGGGUUAAACGAUCCGUAUCAUCCUCAUAAUUAUCCGCUUUGGAAAAAGUUGAUGUAUAGUGCCUCAGUCGCUUUGGCGGCUUUGUCUUUAUCAAUGGGAUCUGCGAUGUUCUCAGAAGGGAGCGCUGAAUUGGAAGAAAUAUACCAUAUUGGAACUUCCGUUGCCGCGUUAGCCACGUCUUUAUUUGUGUUUGGCUUUGCUGCAGGUCCUGUGGUAUAUGGGCCUUUGUCAGAAUUGUUCGGUAGAAAACCGGUGAUGGUAGUUUCAUGUCUUGGAUAUGUUAGUUUCCUGUUUGGUGUUGCAACUGCCAAAGAUUUACAAACAAUCAUGUUGUGUCGUUUCUUUGCUGGUUUCAUUGGUGCUGCUCCUUUAGUUGUGGCACCAGCAGUAAUGGUUGAUUUGUUCAAGGCAAGAGUCAGAGGUCUAGCAAUUUCUGUGUUUGCAUGUGUAUUGUUUGGUGGGCCUAUGUUGGCGCCAAUUUUGGGUGGUUUUAUUGUUAAAAACUCUGCUUUGGGCUGGAGAUGGACAUCGUACAUAUCUGCAUUGAUUGGAUGUUUGGCAUUGGUUAUGAACACAUUCUUGUUGCAAGAAACGCAUCAUCCUGUUUUGUUGGUUAGAAAAGCGGAAUUAUUGAGAAGAAAAACUGGUAAUUGGGGUAUAUUUGCUCCACAUGAGGAGGUUUCUUUGAGUUUGAAAGAAAUUGCCCAAAACAAUAUUUUGAGACCUUUGAGGUUGUUGUUUACAGAACCAAUCAUUUUCCUUGUUAGUAUUUAUAAUGCAUUCAUCUAUGGUAUGCUUUAUGCCUUUUUGACGGUUAUCCCACUUGUGUUUACUGGUCGUUACCAUUGGUCGCAAGGUGUGGGUGAGUUGCCUUAUUUGUCUAUGUUGCUUGGUGUUUUCUCCGGUGGGUUGACCAUUGUGUACUUUGAAAUGAGAUUAAACAAGAAGGUAGAUAAAGGAUUAAAGCCAACCCCAGAAGCAAGAUUGCCACCAAUCAUGAUUGGAGGAUUUACUUUUGUCAUUGGUAUCUUUUGGCUAGGCUGGACUGGUGAUUACGCCGAACAUGUCCACUGGAUCGUCCCCGUCAUUGGUGCUUUCUUUGUCGGUAAUGGAUUGAUGUUGAUCUUCUUGCCCACUAUGAACUACAUCAUCGACUGUUAUUUAUACGUUGCAGCUUCGGCAUUGGCAGGAAAUACUUUCAUUAGAUCUGCAUUCGGUGCUGCAUUCCCGCUUUUCACCACUCAAAUGUUUACCAAUUUAACCAUAAAAUGGGCUGCUACAUUACUAGGUUGUUUGGGUGCAUUGAUGAUUCCUGUGCCAUUCUUGUUUUACAAAUAUGGUGCUUACAUCAGAAGUAAGUCAAAGUAUGCUAUGAAGUAG